CAAUAUUUUUUAUUUUUUACUUUCUUGUUUUUCUCUUGAACAACAAAUAUAUAUUUUUUACUUGCUGCUGAGGAGACUAGGAAUUUAAUAUUUAAUAUACUUUAAAGCUGGAAGCUCUGUAUUCUUGUGGUUGUGUGAAUUGUCAAGCUAAGCUUAGUCCCCUCUUUCACACCUUUCAAUCUCAAAACCAUGGAGGAAGAAUCUAGGGUUUGACACCAAUCAAGAUAGUUAGAGAGGCUAAUAUGGAGGAAGUUGAAGAAGCUAAUAGAGCAGCUGUUGAGAGCUGUCAUAGAGUUCUAACUAUGUUGUCUCAGCCCCAAGAUCAAGUUCAGUAUAGGAAUUUAAAGGUGGAAACAGGGGAGGCUGUAUUGAGGUUCAGGAAAGUUGUUUCCUUGUUAGGUAGUGGUUUGGGUCAUGCAAGAGUUAGGAAGCAAAAAAAACUUCAAAUUCCUUUCUCUCAAAGUAUCCUUUUGGACAACCCAAAUUGCAAAACCGACCAUUUGCAUUUUCCUCAAACAAAUUUUACUGACAAUUCAGUUCAGGAAUUGGGUCCAACAGUUAGAAAUUCACUCUGUCUGGGAAACCCUUCUUUGGAAUUGAGCUCCAAUGGGAAAAGUCCUCUUCACCUUACCCAACAACCGUCAUCAACACACUACCACAUCCUUCAGCAGCAACAACAGAGGUUGUUGUUGCAGCAGCAGCAGCAGCAACAACAAAUGAAACAUCAAGCGGAAAUGAUGUUCCGAAGGAACAGUAGUGUCAUAAAUUUGAAUUUCGAUAGCUCUAGCUGCACGCCGUCAAUGUCAUCUACUAGGUCUUUCAUUUCUUCCUUAAGCAUAGAUGGUAGCGUGGCUAACAUGGAUGGAAGUGCCUUCCAUUUAAUAGGAGCAGCACACUCUGAUCAGAAUUCACAGCAGCAGCACAAGAGAAAGUGUUCUGCCAGAGGUGAGGAGGGUAGUGUCAAGUGUGGGAGCAGUGCUAGAUGCCAUUGCUCAAAGAAGAGGAAACAUAGAGUGAAAAGAUCAAUUAAAGUGCCUGCUAUCAGCAACAAACUCGCAGAUAUCCCUCCUGAUGAUUAUUCAUGGAGGAAGUACGGGCAGAAACCAAUCAAGGGAUCACCUCACCCUAGGGGAUACUAUAAGUGCAGCAGCAUGAGAGGGUGCCCUGCUAGGAAGCACGUAGAGAGGUGCUUGGAAGAGCCUUCCAUGCUAAUUGUUACUUAUGAAGGCGACCACAACCAUCCCAAGUUACCAGCACAAUCUUCAAAUGCAUGAACUACAUGAAGAGCUUAACCAAAACCUCUGAUUGGCUUGAGAUAAUGCUGUACAUAUCUUAAGUGGUGCAAUUCGGGGUUUUCUUGGGGAAGGUUUUAGGCAUUUGGUAGGUUAGUUGGCUAAUGAGCCAUUUAGUUAUAGAGCAGGGGAUGAGAAGCGGUGAUAAAAUGAACAAAUCUGUAAAAUUGGUAGUUUCCAUUCGUAUGAACUCAUUGUCUUUCUUAAGUUUGUUGUAAACAUUUUAGGUUUUUUCUAAAUGAAUGAAAAUGCCUUC